UCCUGUGACCUAGUUUCUGAACAGAGAUGACCCAUCUUUGAACUUGACCUAGAAAUCAUUAAUACAACCUUCCUGACAAAUUUCCGGAAUAUUUGGAUCAAAACUGCAGCCAGUAGAGUGUUAACAAGCUUUUUCUAUUUUUAGCUCCUGUGACUUAGUUUUUCAUUGGAGGUCACCCAUGAUGGAACUCAUCCGAGAUAUUAUUGAGACAGAUAUUCUGAUGAAGUUUCAUGAUGAUUAAGGAAUAAAUGCAAAUGCUAGAGUGUUAACGAACUAAAUGUGGCUGGACGACGGACAAUCAUCGACCCUGAGCAUGCUCAGAGCACUGGAGAAGAAGUUGCGGUGAAGGUUUUCAGCCAAGCUGGACACAUGCGACCUCACGAUGUUCAGAUGCGAGAAUUUGAGGUGAUGACCAAACUUAAACAUAAGAAUAUUGUACCCAUGCUGGCUAUUGAAGAUGAGCAAUCAACAAGGAAUAAAGUUAUUAUAAUGCAAUUAACAGAGCAUGGCUCCCUGUUUAACAUGUUGGAAGACCCCAAAAAUGCCUAUGGACUCCCAGAGGAAGAGUUUCUCAUUGUGUUUGAACAUGUCACUGCAGGAAUGAAGUACAUGAGAGACAGUGGCAUUGUGCACCGGGAUAUAAAACCCGGAAAUAUUCUCCGCUAUAUUGGAGAAGACGGAAGGUCUAUAUAUAAACUGACCGAUUUUGGUGCAGCAAAACAAUUAGACCAUGAAGAGGAACAAUUCAUGUCAUUAUAUGGAACAGAAGAAUACCUGCAUCCGGACAUGUACGAGAGAGCUGUAUUACGAAACCCUAAUAGGAGACAGUUUACUGCUACUGUAGAUUUAUGGAGCAUGGGUGUUACCUUCUUCCAUGUUGCAACCGGGCAGUUACCUUUUAAACCAUUCGGAGGAAGGAAAAACAGACAAAUAAUGUUUGAAAUCACCAGACACAAAGAAAGUGGAGUAAUAAUGGGUGUUCAGCAUUCACAGGGAGGCACUAUAGAAUGGAGUAAAGAAUUACCAAAAACAUGCAGGCUGUCUGAUGGAUUAAAGCUUUUGAUAACACCAAUAUUUGCUCGUCUUUUGGAAUCUGACCCAAGCAAAGUGUGGAACUUUGACGCUUGUUUUAGAGAAAUUGACUCUAUUGUGAAAAAGAAAGUGAUACAUGUUUUCAGUCCACAUACAUGGAAUAGUCUCAAAGUAUAUAUUAAAAGUGAAAACAAUUUAACAACUCUUCAAGAACUGAUAGCGGAACAGACUGAAAUAGUUGCUCCUAGUCAGUUACUGAUAUUUGAUGGUCAACAAUUAAAGGAUCAUGUUCAAGCAAUGUUACCCAUAUCAAGUUAUCCAAAGGGAAUCACAGAAACAAACCCAAUUUUUGUCUACAAUAAACACAUGGAUGAUUUUGCAAGAUUUCCUGUACCAAACAUAAAGGACUUUCCGAGGUUCACAUCAAGUUUAACUACAGACGAUUAUGCUAUAGCCAAGAUGUGUUCUGCAAUAAGUUGUUAUAUUCUAAAGGAAGUUGAGUUGUACUCUAUGAAACAAGAACUUGUCAGACGGGCAGUACACAUGUAUAUCCAUGAACUUUAUCAUGAACUUGGACAUUUAGUGGACUAUCAUACUUUCUUGGAAAGGAAUUGUGACAGUAUUACAAAGUGGAAAGAUAAUUUUCUACGAACAUUCAAAAGGGAAUUAACGAUGGUUGGAAUGAUAGUGAAAACAGACACUCAAUUAAAUCAUAUUAUAACAGAUCUUGAAACUUUUCAUGAACGGAGUGAAAUGAGUAUUGGAGAACUCUCAUCACAGAUAACAGCACUUGGCAACGAGGUACUUGUACACCUUGUUGAUCUCAAAGAUCAAGAGUUACAGAAAAAGGUUCUCAAGAAGCAGUGGAAUGAUAGUGUUGGGUGUAUAUCAGAAGAUAGAUGUGUUGCAAAAGUUGAAGUGGUUCUGGAACAAAUAUUGAAAAUCAAAUUACAGUUUUCAGAAGACAGGAAACGUCCCAGUCUCACCUUUAAUGAAGAACAAAUUCAUAAAUAUGAGAAAAACAGGCUAAGUGAGAACUGUACAAAGAUCAAGUCUUUAUUUUUUGACCACUGUCUUGCUGGAGCCAAAGACCAGUUUACACGCUACCACUCAUGGUUUAGAAUGGGUUAUGAUGUAAGACAGAAUUGUGAAAUAUUAGAGAAGAAGUUGCUGAAUCUUGCAGAUAGAUCAGAGGGAUUUGUGGACAAACUAAAUGCUCUUUGCCUGAAGUACAAUGAUGAAAUAAAGCUGAAAGUUCAGAGAGUUCAAGAGACAAUGAGUGAUAGAGAUUUUAUCUCCUUGGCAACACCUAGACAAGGGAUUGCCAGUAGCUUAACAGAGAGCAUGGCUGCUAGUGGUUCUUCUAAAGAAGAGAAUAAAAAAAUAAGAAGACAAAUGAUACAGACAUUUGUAUCUUGUCUUGAAGAAUCUAAGAGUGUGGUAAAUGACAUGAAAGAAGGACUGCAUACCAACAAUUAUUUAUUGGAGAGGUUCAACAAAGAGUUAAACAGCAUGCUUGAGGAUCCCAACAUGUCUUUAAACUGCCAGGGCCUGGUGACAAAAAAGGAUUUUUAAAAGCCCCGCUAAGAGUUGAAUUCAAAAUGUAUGUAUCCCGUCUUGGGAUAAGCAUGUGCUUUAUGUUGAUAAUGAAAAUGAGCGCAUGCAUUCCUUUAUGUCAGGAAAUAUUAAGUGCACACCACCUUGUUCAUCAGGCCUUUUCUAUUUAUAACACCUCCGGUCCAUGCUUUAUGUAUUUAGUUGAUGUAGACAGUUCUGUUUGUCUUAUUGUUACAUGUUUUGUUUCAAAUAAUGUAGUUGUAGAAUGUAAUGAUAAACAUGUAAAAGUUGUGACACGUUUUUAUUUUAGAACAUGUGUACAGCAUCUAUGUGUAACUUUGAAUUAUUUUUUGUACAAUGUAUCUAUUGUUUUACUAAGAAAUAUAAAGUUUUUAUAUACCGGUAAUAGCUUUAGUACACAUUUAACUGUUGCCAUAGUUUCGUCACAUAUAACAGACUUUGGUAGUGUUAUACCAUGCACAUAUAAACAGAGUUACAUAUAUAUGUAUUCUUUAAAUUAUUUUUUCAUUCAUUUAAAGUAUUUUUCCCCUUUACAUUUUGCUCGUCUGAAUUUAUUAUUGAAAUUCAUUGAAUUGUAUGCCACAACAAGAACUUAUUUAAGCACUUUGUUAUUCUCUGACUUGUUAAAUAUAUCUUUUUGUGAUGUGAUAUGUUAUGAUAGCAGCUAUUAUUGCACAUGUGAUUUGUAUCGUGGCUAUUUAAGAAAUAAGCCCCAACACUAUUUCUUUAUUAUUUGUUUAUAUAUUAAUAUGUUUUAUGUAUAUUUGUCAUCCAAAGCUAUGAAACUUAUGUUUUAUAAUAAAUGCAACUUCCUACAUUAACAUUUUUGAGGACUGAAUGGAUAAUGUCACCAUGGCAAUAUUCAGUCAGUCCUCAAAUUUUAUUUUCUUAAAUUUUUUAUAAGGGAUAUA